CAUGGCCGAAGAGCCUGAUGACCGGACCAAUGCGUCCAUUCUUUAUUCCAAAACCGUCCUCUCCAUCUGCUUCCCUGCCUCUGCCUCCCCCGACUCACCCGCGCGAUACACAGAGAUAGUUGAUAAGGGGAGAGAGAGAGAGUCGAGAGAGAGUCUCUGGCCUGAUAUAGGAAGGACUUGCCCGGGGGAAGAGAGAGAGAGAGAGAGACGGUAGUUGCAAGCCGGAACGGUAAAAGUAGUUGCUGCUAUCCACAACUACCAUCUUUUCGAUCGCUCUUUCCUUUAAUGCUUCUUUUGGUUGCUGUUGUUGCUGCUGCUGCUAGUUGGUAUCUCGAGUUUUGUUGGGUUGUUUAGCGCUUGCAGUCAUUGUCAAGGGGUGCUCUCUCUCUCUCUCUCUCUAUCGAAGCUUGCUUUUCUUUUUUCUCUUUUCUGAAGAAGAUGCGACGGAGAUCGGCCGAGGGACGCGGUAGAUCGGGAGGAGAAGAAGCAGCUUGGUUUGUGAAUUCCGCUCCCUUCUUCGUUCUUUGAGCUCAGGAGGAAGGGGAGGAUUUGCUCUGCUUCACCGAAUAGAGAGUGUGACAGAAAUGGCGUCAGAGAAGCCCCCGUCGAAGGGCCAAGCAUGGUUCUGCACCACCGGUUUACCCAGCGACGUCAUCAUAGAAGUGGAAGAGAUGGCCUUUCAUCUUCACAAGUUCCCGUUGAUGUCAAGGAGUGGAAAGCUACACAGAAUGAUCACGGAGCAAGAGAUCUCAACGCACAGAGAAGGAGAGGAAGAGGAGGAGGAGGAGGAGGAGGAGGAGGAGGAGUGCUACCUACUGAACCUCCCGGGCUUCCCCGGUGGCUCCGAGGCGUUCGAGAUCGCCGCAAAGUUCUGCUACGGCGUCAAGGUGGAGCUCACACCGUUGAACGUCGCCCCCCUCCGCUGCGCGGCGGAGUAUCUCGAAAUGACGGAGGAGCACGGCGAUGGCAAUCUCAUCGCGAGGACAGAGGCAUUCCUGAACCAGUCUGUGCUCCGAAGCCUCAAAGACGCCGUCAAGACGCUGAGCUCCUGCGAGCGUCUGCUACCGACGGCCGAGGAUCUCGGCAUUGUUGAAAGGUGCAUCGACGCCAUUGCAAUGAAUGCUGGCGCCGACCAGUUGGCGUCGGGCGAUCUGGCGAGCCCCAACGGUAGCAUUCUCUGGAAUGGGAUCGACACCGGUCUACGGCACCGGGAUCAGGUAAGGCCCGAUUGGUGGUAUGAUGAGCUGGCUGUUCUGGGGCUGCCCUUCUACAAAAGGGUCGUCUCCGCCAUGGAAGCUCGCGAUUUGAACCCCGAGAGCAUCGAGGGGUCACUGGUUUGCUACGCCAAGAAGUUCAUCCCGGGCCUGUCGCGGAGGAACCGGGUUUCGUCCUCGCAUUCUGCUUCCGUCGCAACAGAGGACGAGCAGAGGGAGCUAUUGGAGACUGUGGUGAGCCAUAUGCCGGUGAGGAAGAGUAGCAACCCCACCACGACGGCGAGGCUUCUGUUCGGGCUGCUCAGGACAGCGAACAUCCUAAGCGCGUCGGACUCGUGCCGGACGACACUGGAGAGGAAAAUCGCAGCGCAGCUGGACCAGGCGACACUGGACGACCUGCUGCUGCCGAGCUACUCCUACCUCAUCGAGACUCUCUACGACAUCGAUUGUGUGGAAAGGAUUCUCGAGUAUUUCCUUGAGGGCUGCGGUGGCGCAGAUGCAGAGGAAGAAGGGGAGGAGGAUGAAGAAGAGGCCAGGAGAUACGGGAAUUCGCCAGGAAUGAAUCCAGUGAUGGCGGUCGGAAAAUUGAUGGAUGGGUAUCUUGCAGAAAUCGCGUCCGACGGCAAUUUGAAGCCGGAGAAGUUCUAUAACUUGGCCGUGGCGCUUCCGGAUCACGCUAGGGUUUAUGACGACGGCCUCUAUCGCGCCAUCGAUGUCUAUCUCAAGGCACAUCCAUGGAUUUCCGACGAAGAACGGGAGAAGAUCUGUAGCUUGAUAGAUUGCCAAAAGCUCACGCUCGAAGCGUGCACCCACGCUGCCCAGAACGAGAGGCUUCCACUUAGAGUUGUGGUACAGGUCCUCUUCUUCGAGCAGCUACAGCUCCGGAAUGCCAUCGCUGGCUCCAUCGUAGCUCCAGAUGCAUCACUACCGGAUUCCGGCCACCCGGUCCGCCUACAGGACCACAUCGCCUUCUUGGGCCAGUCCCCUGCUGCGCAACCAUGGCAGACUACAGUUAGGAACAAUCAGGUUCUCCGCUUCGACAUGGACAGCAUGAGAGCUCGCGUGCACGAGCUCGAGCGUGAGUGCUCUACAAUGAGGCGGGCUAUACGAAAGUUUGAUAAGGCCAAGAAGGGCGGCGGUGUUGGUGGUGGUAGUAGUGGCGGCGGUGGCGGCGGUGGUGAUGCGGAAGUUGGUGGCAAUGGUGGAUGGAGCUCAUUCACGAAGAAGUUUGGGUGCAAAUUCAAGACUCAAGUAUGUGAUUCACAUGAGAGAACAUGGGUAGAAGCCAAGAAAGGGAGCCACCACCACCAACAUAAUCGAAACUCGUCGCUCACAUGAUGGAGUACUGUUUCAAGCCAUUUUCAUAUUAUUCUCUUCCCUCUAGCAAUCAUAAUUCUUCUGUCAUGUACAUGUAAUUUUUCUGGUAGCAUAUUCUUUGCCCCUCAAACUUACAUUUUA